AAGCAUGUUGAUACUAGGUUUACUUGUACAGGUACAGUUGAAACAGACAGACUGGUCUUGCAACAAGUUACGCUAUCUCAGUGAGUGUCGUGAUGUAGUCUCUCAGAGGCUGAAGAGCAACUGUGAUAACCACUUCCUCUUUUUUUUUUUUUGUAUCAUGACACAAGAUGAAGAGACUGGGAAGUCAGAAUAAAAAGAUUUGGCAAUAGAAGCAGGGUUGAAAUAAUGCACCUUACUACCUCCCUAAAAUAAUUUACUGGAAAAAUCCACCAAUGGCCUUCUUCUCAACAUUCCUUUCAAUGUUACCUUGAACCCAAGUACAGCAGGAGAGCAGCGGCUCCUGGCAUCAUAGCAUCAUCAGUGCCAGUACACGUGUGCUCUGAACAUUGUGAAAUCACUCUUUCUCCUUCGCACCCCAAAAACAUUUCGUAGCACUUUCACUAUAAGCCCAUUUUUUCAUUGCGAAACCAACCUUGCUAAAACAGCCAUCACUUAAUUGGCAGAGUUCAAAAAAAAAAAAAAUCUUGGAUAUUCAUAUCAGAACUUUUGGGAAUGGAUGUGUGUCAGCUAUAGCACUUGUAAAAGCAUAUAUGCUUUUAGAAGUGCAUUUCUGCCACUUUGCCAGAGAACAUGUAUUACCUUGAUCAUCCUCUAAGUGUGACCAGCAAGGUCUGUAUAGUGACAAGCUCUCGUUAUCUAACUGUAAAGGCUAUCAGGCAAGGGUCGAUUGCUUUGUCUGGACUUUUCACUGUGUAAGCACAUACAUCCAGUAACUCAAGUUUUGAGAUAAACACUGGAUUCAUUUCAGGAAAAGAUAAUCGGCCAAUGAUUACCAAACAUUUUGGUCACUGACUUGACGUGCUUUGCUUUUGAUUGGGGUGAUUCCAUAUAAUGCUAGCGUUCUUUCUCAACUUUUUUUUUUUUUUUUUGUGCCUAAAGGUAGUUCCAAGAUUACCAUACUUCAGAUAGGCCCACAGAUCGUGUGACUUCAUGGGUGGCAACAGCCAUGAGCAAAAUUUGUGAGAAUGAAAAAGAGACGAAGCGCAAUUGUAAAUACUUCCAUGUGGCGACAUUAUGGCUUUAUGUAUGAUGAUGCUCCCAAAAAACACGAGUUUACGCGCUAUAUAUAUUGUGAAGUAAAAAAAAGAAAAAAAAAAAAAGCUCAGUGCCCUUCCACUCUGGGAAGAAGGAUGACCAGCGAAGCUGUGUAUGUGGGCCCCUUAAUGGUGAACUGCACUUCUGCCGCGGUUCGGCCCACGUUUGGGGAGUGCUUAACGCCUGCUUCAACUCCGCCGCGGGUAGGCCCGGCAUUUCACUAUCUUCGGGAUUUUUUUUUUUUUUUUCUGCACGCCAGCUUCGCUGUAAAAAAGAAAAAUCGGUCUUUUUUUUUUUUUUUCGCUUCACUUUCAGUAUGCCCUCUGCAGAACACGAAUAUUUAUAAUAAAAGUGGUACACGUACGAAAGUGGGCCUGCGUGGUGAGAGCGAAAUAAUAAAGACUGCCCAUUUUCCCAGGCUAGCGUUAACUAGGGAUUAAGACGAAUCAGGUCACGGCGGUUCACUAGAAGUUCAAAAAUUAUGCAGCUCGAUUUCUGCGGUGCAGGCAUAGCGCGACACUCGAAACGAAUGCCACGGUGCAAACGCGGCACAGGCGUUAUGUCCGACUAACGAGCACGGAAUGCGUAUGUUUGAGAGGUCCUGAACUCCAGGUAUGAUCGGCUACUGGGGCGUAAAUACACACCACACUUGCGUAGACACAUCAGACGUGCGUAAGCGGGGUUUUAACGGCGCUCGUGCCCGUAUGCUGCGUCGUCUGCUUCGCACCUGUACGCCUGCACCAAGUCGGCACCGACAGUGGAGUGGGUGCAGCAAAAUCAUGAACCAGCCCUGCACCUUUUGAAACGAACAGCGUGGGUCAGCUAGCGCCAUUGCUGCACCGGUGUAACAGCAGGGUGCAGUGCAGCACCUCGUGAACUGGUUCAGAUGGUGCGGGCGAAGCGAACGUAGUACCAUGUAGUACGUCGAACCGACCAUAGAUGGAAAGCAAGGAAAGCAAGCUUCUACUCAAAUACAAAGAAAGGACUGAAAUGAGUCAAUGGCGUAGGCAAACCUCGAAGCAUGACAACAAGCGCCGCUCGUGCAGGCAGCAUUGGCUUCGCGCACAAGCCAUGCAUGGAACGAUGGGUCUCGGAGCGUAGGGAGGAGGAGUGCAGCAUCUGCCACUACAACUAUCCGAUCCUGCGGAGGACGCGGACCUUCUGCGACCUACUUCGCCACCCGGAGGGUCGCAAGGAGCCGCUUGUGUACGCGCUGCUGGGCGUCCUCUUCAGCCUGAGCUUGCUGCACGUGUUCGCGUUCGCCUGGAUACUGAGUGUGCGCAUGUGGGGCCGCCUGCCCUGGACGUACCAGGUGCUGAACGCCGCUGCUCUCCUGGGCCAGUCCCUGCUCUGGUCCGUCUUCCCCUUCGUAGCCUUCAGGAUGGCGUGGGAGAGCUCGUGUCGCUGGUGCCUGCUGAACGCCGAGAUGCGCAUUCUGCUGCCGGAGGACAGCGAGAGCCGACCGCCACGCGGCGAACUUCCGCCCUGCCAGGACCGGAAGGCGCCGCGGGCUCCCAACUGAUGCAGAGGAUGCAAAGCUCGCAUCAAAAUUUAUUUGCGCUUCUGGCAGCAAAUAAAAGGCGGCUCUGCUCAACCAUAUGGCUGUA